UACAACUAAUCAUUGACCAUACUUUACCUUACGUGUAAUUUUCUUUGCCCCUUUUCUCUAUUAAAGGACCGGACAGCCCAACCAUUUCUUAUCCACAAUCUAGUGAUCUACCCUUUGCAAGAAAUAGCAGCAACAUUCACAAAUCAAAAUUCAAAACCGGCAAUUCAGUUGAGUUUGUUUGCCAGAGAGUUUUUUUAACGGUUUAACGGAAAUUCAGCUCCUAAAUAUAUCAGGUGCCUUGUUUCUUUGUCCCUUUCUUCUUUCGUGGGAAAGUAGGAAGAUCCCUUUUCCUUGUAAGUAGUUCCUUGGGAGAAAAAACGAGAUUUUGAGUAUUCAAUCAUCAUGCAAAUCAAGAAGUUGGUUUCAAUGCCUUCUCGCACUGGAAGAGACCUCCAAAGAUAUAAUUUUGAGGGCUGUCGUCAAGUUGUUGGAUGCAUUCCAUAUAGAUUCAGGAAAACUCACAGGGCUGCCCCUGUUCAUGGGAAGUUAAGCAGUGAAUUAGAAUUCCUAUUGAUCAGCUCACAGAAGAGUCCAAGAAUGAUGUUUCCUAAGGGUGGUUGGGAGCUUGAUGAAACCAUUGAACAGGCUGCUAUACGAGAGACCAUGGAAGAGGCUGGGGUAAUUGGGCAUGUUGAGGAUAAUUUGGGAGUUUGGACAUUCAAGAGCAAGAGCCAAGACGCAUUCCACGAAGGUCAUAUGUUGGCUUUUCGGGUCACAGAGGAAUUAGACUGCUGGCCUGAGAAAGAUGUUCGUCAACGCAUAUGGCUGUCUGCUAAUGAAGCAAGAAUACUAUGUGCUCAUGAGUGGAUGAAGGAGGCAUUGGAUUGCUUUCUUUUCAAACAGGAGAAUGCAGGGGAAGAGCGGACUCCAAGUUUAUCAGAUCUAUUGAGAAAUGAAGAGCCAAAAUUUGGCAGACCAGCUCUGAGUGGACAAAACGAUGACAUUAAUUGUUCCUUUGGUCAACUUACAUAUCUUCAAAGAAAGGAAGAUGAAUGCCGGAUACGCAUGAUCUUUAACCUACCACUUCCACCUUGUUCUACUGAAGAAUCAAGAAUUGGUAGGGUAGCACAAGUUGGAGAUGAGGAUGUUGAUCGUGGCGUUACCUUGUUAGUCUAGUUAAAAUCUAGGAGCCCGGAUGCCUGAUGCCAAUUUAUUAGGAUUGGUUGAGAACUCUGGAAUCCAAAAUUGGCAGGGUGGCAGAAAUUGAAGAAUCUGUGUUAGUCAAUGGAAACAAUUCGGAUUCGUGGCCUAAACAACCUCUUUAAGCAUAUCUCAGCUCCGAUCUUUCAGCAGCUCAAGCUCUUUGGGAUCAAGGUUAGAGAUGACCAUUGCCAAUGUAUGUACAUGUUAAAAGGCACUAAUGCGUACAAAGGCAGUAAAAGGGCACUUGUUCCACUUGUGUAGGACUUCGAAAUUCUGAGCAACCACAAAGCUGAGUUGCUUAGAAAUAUCUAGCUAGUUCAUAGAGAAGUAGGAGGAGGAGGAUUUAGAGAUGUACAAAGGUUCAAAUCCAUUCUUUUAUUCAUUCAAAUUCAUUCAUUCUUUUAAGGUUGUCUCCUACGUACUAAGUUUGCUGAUUAAUAUACAUCUCUGUAAAUCUCUGUACUUGUUAUCAGAUGUGACUGCAAAGCACACCAAGAUUGAAUGAGAACUUGAUGUGUUUCUUUUA